AUGAAAUGGAAAGAAGCAAGUUUUGUUCAUAAUGAAUUUAAUUCAAAUGGAAUUAUCAUAAAAAUGGAUAAUUACAUUGUUGGAUUAACCAAUAAAUAUGGGUGGAAUAUUCAUCAGAAUGAUGUUAUUGAAAUGAAAACUAUAAAGAGAAAUGGUGAACUAAUUCAAAUUCAAAGUAAAGAAGUUAAUAUCAUCACUGUUAAAAUAGAAGAAGACAUUAUUAAUAAAGAAGAAAGACAACUUUUUGAGAAGUAUUUAAUGAUUGAAUACCAGAUGUGUGAUGAUAUAGAAUGGAAUGAAAAUACUGUAGGUAGUGAGAUUAGUGAUGAAGUGAUAAUAAGGUAUGGAGAUUCUACUAAUGGACCAUCUAUUUUACAGCACAUUGAAAUCAAAGCAAAAGUCAUAGAAAGGUAUUAUCAUUUAAAUUCACUUAUUGGAUGUAUUGUUCAACCACACUCACCUCGAAAUUCUAGUGGAUGUUUUGUUAUGAAUUGUAAAAGUCAAGUUAUUGGUUUAAUUCUUUUUACAGACACAAGAAAAAAUACAACAACAAUUAUCAAUAUUAAUCUUGUUAUAAAUGCAAUAGGAAAUUUCAAUGAGUUAGUUACUGAUAAUUCAACUGGAAUUUAUAAAAUAAGAAGUAGAAAUCGAGAAGGAAGUUGUUGUGGAAUAAAACACUGGGGAGAAAAAACAAUGUUUGUUACAACAUCUCAUUUACUUGAAAACAGAUAUUCCCCAGUAGAAAUUAUUAAUCCAAUAACACAACAAGUUAUUCAAGGAAGGAUUUUGUUUUAUUCAUGGUGUUUUGAUCUUAUUGUGAUUAGUGCUCAUACAAAGAUGAAAAUUAUUGCAGAAAACAAAAUAAAGAUUAGUUUAACAAAUAAUAGUACAAAGAAACAUAUUGGAUAUCCAGUCAAUAUAAAUAAUUUAAAAGAAGUAGAAGGGCAAAUAUGUAGUACAUCUCUCAAAGGAAAAGAACUUAUUCAUUGUACAUAUUGUAGUAUUGUUGAUGGGAUGAGUGGUGGUGGAUUAAUUGACAAUGGAAAGUUUAUUGGAAUGCUUCAGAGUUGUGAUAAUGAAUUUAGUUAUUCAUUAAGUUCUGAAAUCAUCGAUGAAAUUAUCAAAGGGAUUGAACAAGAAAAAACAGAAGAAGAGAUUCAAAAUGAAAUGAUGGAAUAUGGUAUUCUUGAAGAAAGUAUUCUUGGAGCUGGUUCAUAUUAUUCGUAUCGGUCAUACUAA